GGAUGACAUUUUAAAAAUAUUGUUUUACUGUGCCAUGUUGUAGGCGUGACUAUUCAAUAUGACAAGCAAUGACAGCGGUGGCACAACACUCGAUCGCAUUGCCAAUUUGCCCGUCUACGUCGGAUACGUGAUCAAUGUAGCUGCCAUUAUGCUAUCACAUCCCAUAGACAUAAUCAGAGUGAACAUCCAGGCAAAUGUGCUGCACUACGUCUCGUAUUCGGAUGUGGUCCAUCUGAUGUUCAAGCAGAAGAGGAUUGCGGGCUUCUACUACGGCAUUCGUGGUGCACUGCUGCGGUGUACGGUUCAGACAGGGACAACGUAUGCAUUGUACCACUGGCUGAAGGACAACGAGUACUUGCUGAUGCUGGAGCCAUACGACACCUCCACAGUGGCGGGCAUAAGCGGAUUAGGCGGCGGCCUGCUCUCAACGCCAUUUGCCAAGGUGGCAAUAGUGCGGCAGGCCGAUCUAACCCGCCGUCCCUUCUUGCAGCGCAAUUAUAGAGACCCCUGGAAGGCUCUCAAGUGCAUGUAUGGUAAGGGUGGAAUGUCCUUCCUCUUCAGUGGAUGCGAGCUGCAUGCUUUCACCACCGGAGCGGUGGCAGCGCUCUACGCACCUGUACACGAUUGGGUGUCGGAUAUGCUUUUGAAACUCCACAGAAUUCGUGAUGAGGAUUGGGUCAUCGAUCUGAUGGCAAUGACGAUAACGAGCAGCAUCAUAUCAUUAAUCCUGACGCCAGUAGAAGCGGUAAAAACGGUGGUCAUGAAUUCUUGCUACAAGAAGUUCCCCUCGAAGACGCAUCUCUGUCUCAAAAUCAUUCAGUUGCACGGCUACAGAGGAUUCUUUCUGGGUCUGCGGCCGGCUCUGAUUGCGAUACUGCCACAUGCGAUCAUAGCAACACUCACUUAUCCAUUAAUUGCCGAUUAUUUCAUCAGUUAAAUUUUCGUUUUUAUUUAGAAAUGGUUUGUUGUAGGGACUUCAAUGCCUUCACAUACUCCUCCAGGUCGCUGGGUAGCUGAUGGAGCGAGCAGUUCU